AUGGUGGUCUGGCGCUCGGCGUUCCUCAUCUGCCUCGCUUUCUCCUUGGCCACUCUGGUCCAGAGAGGAUCUGGGGACUCUGAUUUACGUCUGGAGGAUGCAUUGAAAGAAACUUCCUCAGUAAAGCCGAGAUGGAACCAUGGCACCACCACAACUAAGAGGCCAGGAACAACCAGAGCUCCAGCAAAGCCUGCAGAUGAUGAUUUUAACCUGGCUGAUGCCCUGGAUGACCGAAAUGAUCGAGACGAUGGCCGCAGGAAACCGAGUGCAGGAGGAGGAGGUUUUUCAGACAAGGAUCUUGAAGACAUAUUAGGCGGUGGUGAAUACAAACCUGACAAAGGUAGAGGUGAUGGUCGGUAUGGCAGUGACGACUCUGAAUCCGGAGUGUCGGCCGAGGCCAGCACCAUCGCGGGUGUGGCCAGCGCCCUGGCCAUGGCCCUGAUCGGCGCGGUCUCCAGCUACAUCUCCUACCAGCAGAAGAAGUUCUGCUUUAGCAUCCAGCAUGCAGCAGAAGGUCAAGAGGGUCUGAAUGCAGACUACGUGAAGGGAGAGAACCUGGAAGCCGUUGUGUGUGAGGAACCCCAAGUGAAAUACCUGACGCUACAGACGCAGGCCGCGGAGCCGCCGCCCCCCGAAGCGCCCCGGAUCUGA